GUCAGGUUGCUGUGGUUUCAGCCUCUCGUUUCUUGUGGCGACCAUCGUCAGGGAUGUGUGUGUGUGAGGGUGAAGGGUGUGUGUGUGUGACUGUGUGUGUGUGACUGUGUGUGUGUGUGUGUGUGUGUGUGUGUGUGUGUGUGCAUUUGAGUGGUGGUUAUUGCAACUGUAAGGAUAUAUGAAUGAAGAAAGGCGAAGAGGAAGGAAAGGAAGGACGGGGGAGGAAAGUGGCAUUGAAGGGUGGAUCUGGAUUAACGUCGAUGCAGACAAAAAAAUCUGUCAUUUCCUCUGAGCUGCAGAGAUCUGAGAGGACAACAGAAGCCUCAUCACUCCAUCUUUGUUCCUGCAGAGGGAGGACUGAAGGAGGGAAGGAAGGAGUCGAGGACCAAAAGGGGGAAAGAAAGGAGGACUGAAACAAGGAAAAAAUAAUAGGAAGCAGGGAAGGAAAUAGGAUCGAAUCAGGGAAGGAGGGAGAGUAGGAGGAAGAGGGAGUCUGAGUCCUUGCUGGUCAUCAGGCUAACAUCACCUGAACUGUCUUGCUUCUGCUCUGAGGCUUCCUGGUUGAACUGAACAAGAUGUGAGCAGAUGUUACACGAGCCAGCGUUGCUGCUUUCCAGCUUCUAACCAGUCUUAAGGUCAUUAGGGAGUCAUGACAUCACAGGAGGAGGGAUCUUCAUUCAGGAGGUUUUUCCAAUACGUGGAGGACAGUGGACUUCGAAUAUACGAUGGUCUGGUGAUCCAAAACGCCUCCGACAUUGCUAGAGAGAGCGACCGCAUUCGCAACCAGACCAAUUGGACCUACCUGCAUGAAAAACACCAGAAAAAAAGACGGCAGGAAGAAAGCAUCAAGAGGAUUGGUGAGGAUGUUGCCGCGGCCUCGGAUGGGGCGUACUCUGGGAAACACUUCAGGAUGGGUUUCAUGACGAUGCCAGCUCCACAGGACCGAUUGCCCCCAGCCAACCAGGGCUUCACCGUCAGAUCGCAGUCCCUCCACUCAGUGGGCGGAGGAGAAGAUGACUCCAGCAGCAGCCGCAAACAACCCCCACCCAAACCUAAGAGAGAUCCCAACACCAAAUUGAGCAGCAGCUCCGAAACUGUGGAUGGGGGUGGAGUUACAAGAAGAGACCACCAAGACACCAAAGAGAAGCUAGAACAGGCUGAAGCUCAAUGUUUCCUGCACUCUGAAGAUGCCUCCAAGAAGAUGCCUCCACCUAAACCCAAAAGGAAUCCCAAUACUCAGCUCAGCACCUCCUUUGAUGAGUGCUACAUCCGUAACCAUGGCAACAAGAAGUCUUCCUUGCAGUGGGACAAAUCUUCAUCCCAAAGUCAGAGUCCAGCAUCCAGGGACACAGACGAAGAGGAGCCAGUUUACAUUGAGAUGGUGGGAAACAUCCUGCGAGGGCUGAAAGGUCAGGAAGCAGAGGAGGACGACCAGAAUGAAUCGGUGUACGAGGAGAUGAAGUACCCAAUGCUGGAAGACUUUCUGCAGGACACAAAUGCUGCCAUCAUUGACCCUGAAGCUUGGUCAUCCCGCGGCUCACUCUGUGACAUUCCUCCACCUUUCCCAAAUCUCCUGACUCACCGCCCACCACUGCUCAUCUUCCCACCUGCCCCCGCUCAGUGCUCCCCAAACUCAGAUGAGUCCCCCCUCACCCCUUUGGACGUCACACGCCUCCCCAUGUUAGAAAACGUCUCCUACAGCAAGUCGGGCAGUGUUGAACAGCCGCAGAGCUCCACUCACUACCGCAAAGAACGAGACCGGGACAUGCCCUCCACUCAUACCAUCACAUCUUCUGGUCGCUCCUCAGCUCCACCUCUCCCCUCCAGCCUUUACAAGUCAUCCAGCACCACACACGGUGGUCACGGUUACCCCCGCAGCCAAUCAGCAUGCCCAUCUCCUGUCAGCAUGGGACGCUCGCUAACACCUCUGAGCCUGAAGAGGCCACCACCGUAUGACACCCUGAUGGCAGGAGGAAGUAUGCCUCGCUCUUCAUCUUCAUCUUCAUCAUCUUCACACAGGGCAGGUGAAGGAGGGGCUAAACUCAGUAACUCCUCCUCCACACAUGGGUCCAUGCAGAACAUGUCCGUGAGGUCACAGACUCCAACAAGUCCACUAGACGAACUCAACAACCUGUUUGCAUCAGGUAGACAGGUGAUGAAGAGGGGAUCAGGAGGGAGGAAGAGCAGGGAGGGUGAAGGAGAUGGCAAGUCCAGACAUGACAGUAAAGACAGAGAUGGACAGUCGAGUCCGGUUUCCAGCAGGAUGGGGAGGUCAUCUGUCAGUCCCACCAUGAUGCUGACAGGAGGAGGAGAACCAAAGUCUGCGGGUAAGCUCGGCCGCUCAGCUUCGACUUCAGGAGUACCUUCACCAGGCGGCAUGCCACAUCGUCACCUGCAUGAGCCGCAUCACCUUGCCCUAAGCCAGAUGCCAUGGCUAUGUGGCGACGCCACCAUGAUGGAGAUGAUUGAGAAAAAGAGAGUUUUAUGUCGAGAGAUCAAAGCUCGUCAGCGGCCAGAUAAGAAUCUGUGCAAACAGGACAGUAUGCCCAUCUUGCCCAGCUGGAAGAGGAAGCAGCCACCGCCAUACUCGGCCUCGCCCACUGCCGCUGGCCAUGCUGCCACCGUGUUCUGGGACACCGCCAUCUGAAAGACAAAUACUCGCGCCAUGAAACACCCAGAACAGUGUUGUGUAAAACGGAGAAACACAGCAAUGAUGAUCAUGAUGAGGUUCCACCGUGCACUGAAUGCUUGAAUGUGAUGAAAGAUGCUUUUCCUUCCUUGUUUCACGAGAGCAAGAGCAGAGCCACUGCUGAAAGUCAUCUGACUAAACUUCUUUCUUCCCUUCUGAGCAUCUUACUUUUUUACAUGAAUUCAAGUUAUACUGAAUCUAAUAGUCAUGAAAGAGCAAACGUUCUUCAGUUACAUACAAAAACUAACAGGUGGACCUGCUCCUCCGUGUGGUAUGUUUGUCAUUUAAAGAAAGAACAUACCACAGUAAAGCUGCAGAUGUCCUGAUGUGUGCAGGUCCGUUCACCAUCAGAAGAAUAAUCAGAGAAAUCGGUCAAUCUGUGCAGAGGGCAGUAAUGUUCACACAGAGCCCUCUAGGAAGGAAGUUUCACCUCCAGGAAAAGGCACUGUCCAAAUCAGCGUCUUCACAGAGAAAAGGGGUGUGGUUUCCCAGUGAUCUAGAUAUUGAUUAGCCAAUCUGUUUCCUUGCAUGGGUUAAGCAGGAAGUUGCCCCUGAGGUUACCUGAUAAGCAGCUCCCCCCCCACACACACACACAAACUCUCACACACACACUCAUGCGGGUGUUCUCCUGCCAUCCAAUCAGAGUCUAGAAGGGCGUGGUCAUUCGGGUGUAGCAGAGCUUUCUGUCGUCUUUCUACUCGUUAUUUUUCUAUCUGUAAAAGACUGAUGGUUUUUUUUAAGUCUGACAGUUGUGUAGCAGAAAAAAGUCAUUUAUAAAGUAACAAAAAGGCUGAAAAUGUUGCUUAAUCGUGUUUUUAUAUUUAAAAAAUUAAAGGCUUGCUCAUCUGUGUGUGAAAGAAUGACGUGACCGUGUUUUAUAUGGAAAACACUUUUAUUCAGAUGAGAAAGGCUAUUUUGAAAAGAGAAUAUUUUGACAGGUUGUUUGUUCGUCUGCUCUCAUCAGCUGCCCCGACUGUCAUCAACAACAGGGAGAGACAGCUUUGUCAGGGUCAAAGGUCACUCCUUUGGGGGCAGUAGAUGAUGAUGACGGUCUGCAGAAAGCUUUCACUUGAUGAAUGCAGUUUAUUGAUCAUUGGUGAAUGAGCUGAUUGAUUAUCAUGAUGUCAAAUCAAAGCACUGAGGCAAAGCAUUAUGGGAUAUCAGAUAAAUGUAAAUCAGCCUCAAGCCACGUGGCAUCUGACUACAGACAAGAUGGAGGACAGGAAAUCAUGUGACAUCAGCUGCACCCGGCAUUUGAAGUCACAGCAACCUCGCUCUUGUGUAACAGAGGAGCAUCGCAGCCGGGGUUAUAAUGGAGUCAUGUGACGUCUCCACCUCAGCUGAUUCUACAAACAUCAAAGUUUGACAGGAAUUAUGAGGCCUGUUCCUCCUCAUCGUGCACGCCCCGCCUACUCGGCCACGUGUAAACGACCGCACGUGUCUUCCAAUUCUGAGGUCACGUGACUUCCUGUCUGCCACAGACGUUGACCAUCUUGUCCACAGAUGUUCUCGAAGCCAUGGGGAGAUUUCAUAUUUGGAUAUGCACACAAACUCUCACACUCGCUGUGAUCAACACAGAGUGUGAUCAUGUCAUCUAUAGCGUCCUUGUUAACGAUUUGAUGCUUUUUGUUCCUGUAAUCAACCAAGUGCACUUCAGUUUGUAAAAGUCGAUAUUAAAAUAAAACUUUAUUAACUUGUCCUGAGAAAUUUUAAGAUUAAUCAAUGAACAGGAUCAGUGUCUGUGAAACAUAAGACUGAUCGUUCCCUCAGACUGUCAGAGAAAUGUUUAAAUCAUUGUUCCCACCGCGCUCGGUGUCACUGAACGUUACACAGCAGAACCACAGCAGAGUGCAGGACAGAUUCUACUGCGAUCCCAUGAUGCUGAACGCAGCUGUGCAGCCAGGUAACAACGUGAUGAUGAUGAUGAUGAUGAUGUCCAUUCCCACAAAGACUUCCUGAGCUUGCUCAGUUUGUCUUCCUCCUUUCCUCUGUGCCAGAGCGUGAGCAGCCGUAGCACAGGCCGGUCAGAGAGAGGGACCAACAUGUAAUCAGUACAUCAUUACUGUAUCACUGAAAGAUGACGGUACUGUAUGUAAGGUAAUUACAUACAUGUAAUGUCAUGUUGACCACUGCACUGAGGGAACAGUCACAUGACCUGAGAGUGUCACAUGACUCCUCCAUGCAACACGAAAAACUAAAAUAUUUUAUUCUUCAAACGACACCUGGCUUAAGGCUCAGGAUGAUGAUGUAAAGGUCAGUCACAUAAAAAUCAGGUCAUUUUGUCCACAUGAUGGCGCUGUUUCACUCUCAUUCGUGUACUUCACCUGUGGGCAGGUGUCCCUGUGACUGAGCGGAGUGCUGGCACUGAAUCAGGGUCCUGCUCCAGAAAGCAGCUUCAGUUAAACUCUGAGUCCGUUACUGUGGCAACAGACUCUGUGAACUUCACCUUUUCACUGGCAGGUGUUCUCUCUGACUCCGCCCUGAGUCCUGCAGCCCAACCAUUUAACUGACCUUCCAUUUCGUAGAAUAGCUGUCAGAGAUCAGAGUGAAGUUCGUACAAACACUUAUUUUUCACUGUAACCUCUGACCUUAACACAUUCUCAGUGGGUAUGCCAGACAGCAGGGAGUCCACAGCACUGACUCUGCAGGAUGGAUCCAAAUUGGAUCAGGAGCACAGAUUCAGAGCGGAUCAGACCGAGGUUCGGCUCUGUUUUGGAACUGUGUUCCCGAUUUAAACGUCUCCUCCUGAAAUGUUUGAACCGUGUCUGAGCGGCAUGCAGACAGCUCUAUAACAGAUGCUGUGGGCAAACUUGCUCCGAUUGUUGGAUUUAAGGUCAAAGGUCACAUCAGGAUUCAGCUGAUCUAAAUCAAACUUUAUUCAGUCUGUGACGAUGACAGAGUGCUCUUUGUUGACUCUUUGCCCUGGUCUGUCAGGCUGAACAUACUCAGAGCUGAUUGGACCAGCUCGAAUCUUCUGGAACAGGAAGUUCAGGGUUUGCUGAAGCCGCUUCCUGGAUCAGGGUCCAGGUGAACGAGUUCAGAGUCUGUGUUUAUUUUUAUUGACUGUUGUGACACUGUGAUGAAAAUAAAUCAGAUUUUUAAUGAA